UUCCGCCAAGCUGUGUUGUGGGAAACAUUGUUGGCAUUCGAGAAGUUCGUCUACCCGAAUCGUCGACAUCGUCCAGUUCAGUGGACCUUUUGUCAUGCGUUCGCGCGAAACUCGCUCGACGCCCAUGUCUUACGUGAGUUCGGUCGCCAGGACCAAGGAGCCGCUUCUGUUUUGAGAACCAGUCCUCUUCGGUUUCGCGAUUUCCCGUUCCUUAUUUUCCGAGAAGGCAGCCGACCUUCAAACAGGGACCUUCGUAUCUGUUUAGUUUCCGCCUCUAUGACUCUCCGCACGCGGGCUGUGCAGCCUUGAUGCUCUCAGAAGGCACAAUUUGACGCUGUCAGAUGGGCUGAUGGCAGCUUUUCGUUUGCUUGCCGACUCUCUUCUCCGGAGAAGUAAACGGUUUUCGUCAGAGGAGCUAUCUGGAAGCUCAGACCCGCGAGGACACCGUUUCAGAUAGUGCGACACGUUUCUGUGGCUUUUCAGGCAGUUCUGAUCGUUGAUGCUGCGCUUGUCCGAGUUCGCACUAAGCACCCUUGAUGGCGAAUCCUUCUUUCUGCUCGGAACUGUCUAACCAUGCCUUUUGCCAUUUUGUACUUCGAUCGAAGUUCUUUGUCACCGCUCAUUGGCGUCUUCGGACUCUUUCUCCAGGGCAUUUUUCUCAGCAGAACCAACACACCGGACUCGCCCUGCCGUAGCCCAUCCUGUUCGUCUCGCGUGCAGACAGCAGGAUACACCUUCUGUCAGUCAUUUGUCUUUCUCAACUUUUGCCCUUUUGAACGCGAGGCAACCCUGUGUCUCCCACCGCCGCUUCUUUCCUGCAGGUAGCCACCUCUGGCAUUCUUUGUGUACGCGUAUUUUGAGGUCAGCGAGCUAUGUUUGUCACAUGGUAAUAGUAAAAACAUGAUCUUGCACGAACUUUGGAUCUCCGCGUUGGUUCUCGUGAGAAGUCAUUGCUCCUCCACAGUCUUCUCGCUUGUCUGAUCGCGGAAUUGUUCCCCGGAAACAGAGGCCUGACGAGCCCACAGCUCUGGUCGCACCUUUCAAGGAGCUUCUUUCCCCUGUGAAAGAAUACGUUGUUCAAGACAUCCUCGUAGACAUUUCUUUGUUCCCGUUUUUCUCCUUUGCCGUCGUCUUGCCUCGCGACGUCCCGAAUCUUUACUCGUGUGUGUUUGCGUCAAACCUGCCUUCUGUUCGUCACGUCGGACUCCUCCUUUCAUCCCUUCCGCUUUUCGCAUACGGGAGUGUCUCGCACUCCUCUGUAUCGGGUGCGCUUCUCGACACCCUGACGCAUUUGCUUGUGUCGCGCGAGCGUGGCGGAGAGAACCGCGGAGACAGACCGCAGAAGGAGGCGAGAAGAAUGCUUUGGAUGAUGGGGAGCAGCCGACUUCAUUCAUGCCUGGAUCGAAGAGGAUAGAAGCCGAUUCACGAAUGGCGGACGAGCGCGAACAAUCGUCUGGCUGUUGGAACCGCCCGGCGGCGACCCAGUCUUCGUCGGAUGUGGUGAGGCGGAGACUCGGCGGGUCUUCCUCUCAGUCGGGACUGUUGCGAGUGACCUCUGCAUCGGCCUCGCCGACUCUCCUGCCUUCUGAGUCUCCGAGAGAGGGCUGGAGAUCCGAGCACCUGCUCCUGCGCGAGGACGAAGGCGACGCGUCCUCGUACCAAGGAUUCGCGCCGAACCUGUUGCUACCCUCGACCGCCUCGCCUCGCCUCACAGUCGGGGAGACGCAGGGGUCUUUCCCGCUGCUGGCGGUGUCUCCGAGCGGAGACAGUGGUGGAUCGCGAACCAAAGAGGCCCACAUUCCUCUGCCUCCGGGUGCAGACGUCCCAGAGUCCGGGAGCGACACUGCGCUGGAGGAGGACUGCCACGAGUGGGGAGUCGACGGCGAGGCGCCCGAAGAGGACGAGAGCGAGGUGGAAGACGUCGACGAAGGCGUUCUGUUCUGGCGGCGCAUGCCUGCAGGAGAUCGGCUGAGGUGGGCGGCAGGCCGCGUCUUCCGCGUCGACACCCACAGCGUUCUCGCACUGCCGAUAUUCUUCCUCAUCGCCGCCAUUCUCACGGUCGAGGUUUUCUUCUACAUCUGCGUGCGCCUCCUCAUCGCCUUCACCGAGGCAGUCUUUUUCCACCUGGCUUCUCUCGCCUACUGGUUCCGAUCUGUCUCUCUCAGACGCGUCUUUGCCGCCGGGACGCCCGCAGGCAAAGAAGUUAGCAGAGCCGCCCUCGAGGCCUCCGCGCGGGCCGCUCUCGCCGCCGAGAAAGCCGCCCUCGAGUUCACGGGCCUCGGCGUUGGAGCCCCAGAGGCCGCUGCGGCGGCUCCGACCGCGGUCGCCGCGCCGCGGGCUCUGAAAAACGGGUGGAAGCUCGCGCCGGGGACGAGUCCUGCGCUCGAGCAGGAGCUCCUCGGACCUGCCUCCUGGCCUGUCUUUCGGCUCUUCUCCGUCCCGUUCGCUUUCGCCGGCAGAGGGUGGGAAUGGUGUCGGCGAGCCUGCGGGUCGCGCCGGAUCGGAGGACGCUUUCGACUCCUGAGGAAACACGAGGAAGGACGAGAUGGGGACAAGAAAGGCGAAAGAGGCGAGAAGGGCGCGAGGCUCGGAAGCCGGGAAGGAGGUGGGGUCGCCUGCGACCGAGAGAGAACUUUGCGGCGUACGUCGACCGGAAGCGGUGAGGAACGCGAAGCAUGUCCUCUUAGGAGCAGAGCGCGCCUUGGAGAGGGCGAGGGUGCAGCGGGGGAGGGAUCGAAGGACGGCGCAGAGAGAGAAGAGCGGUAUGCAGCCGGGAAGCAGAACUCCGCGUUGAAACGACAAGUCAGUCUCCGUGCAGAGGCUCCAGAGGACGAACCUGGGGAAACUUUGAUGUCUCAUCGCGGCAAGCUCUUCAAGGCGACCACGUACGAUGAGUACGCUCGACUCGCGCUGAUCAUGGAUAAAAUCACAGGAAGAGAAAAGUGGAAGCACGAACUCGAGACGACUUUGUACGACUACGAGGCUGUUGGCAAGCGCCUAAGCAUUCUGAAGAAGGCCAGACAAUCUGGAAAACUCUCGGCUCUCCAAGAGGCCCUACGAGGAAGUCUGCGUGAUCAGAUGUUCGGCGUCUUCAGGGAACGGUUGUAUAGUCGAACGUACCUGGGGACGAAGGUGCAAGCCGAGGAAUUCAUCGACGAAGUUUGCCUGUGCCUGAAGGAGUUAAGACGCCACGUUCGUCGUCGACCUGACGAAGUGCGACGGACGUUUCAGCAACUUCAGACGUCCUGGGGGGUCACAGGCCUGAUUUUGAGCGGAGGCGCUUCCCUCGGCCUGCACCACUUCGGCGUUCUGGAAGUUCUCCUCAAAGCACGAGCUGAAGGCCGCAACCUCCUGCCUCGAGUCAUUGGUGGCUGCAGCGCCGGCGCCGUCGUCGCAGCCUGGCUCUGCACGAGGACAGACGAGGAGCUGCUGGGGCAGGGAACUGUCGAGUAUCUCGUCGAGCACUGGAAAGCUCUGUCACCGAACUCUUGGCUUUUUCGCCUCUGGAAUGUCUUGACAAAGGGCUACAUGUGCGACAUCGACGUAUGGAAGGCUUCGUCGAAGAAACUCUUCGGAGACUUGACGUUCCUCGAGGCCUACGAGCGCACGGGUCGCGUCCUCAACAUCUCCAUGACUCGCGCAGACAGAGAAGAAUCUGGGGUGCAAGUGAUGAACUACGUGACUGCACCGAACGUACUGAUCUGGUCGGCCAUUCUCUGUUCCUGCGCAUUUCCGUUCUUGAGUCUUCCUCUCCCUCUUCGAGAGAAAAGUCCAAAAGGAAAAGCUGUGAUCUCCAAAGUCUUCGGGUGCAGCUACUUCCAUGACGGCUCCCUCAGUGGAGAUAUUCCUACCGAGCAGAUGCGAGAGGCCUGGGCUGUUAGUUACUCGAUCGUCUCGCAGGUGAAUCUCCACGUCUUCCCUUUCGCGGGGCUCCGCACUCACGGCGAGGCUGGCAUUCCGGUCCACUGGCGAGGACGCAGUAGCAAGUGGCGAGCAGGAUUUCUUCUUUCAGCGCUCGAGUUGUUUUUCAAGGAGCACAUUCGGUUUCUCCUGCGGCUGAUUGCUCUCCUGGAUGUCUCACCCACUCUUCGGGGGAUCAACGCAGGAAGUCUAGCCUUGCAGUCAUACACAGGAGACGUGACGCUGCAUCCUCGCUACAUCUCCGCAAGGUACUUGCGCCUUCUGAACGACACACGACCUUCCGACAUUUCUUGGUAUCUCCAAGAGGGCCGCCUGAUGGCUUUUCCCAAGCUCCACUUGAUCCGAAACCGCAUGCGCAUCGACCGCUGCUUCGAAGACCUCGCCGAGGCUCUCGAAGAAGCCGCUGCGGCCUUUGCGCCUGCAGGCAACACGAGAGGCGUCCAAAAAGUUUUCUGAGGACGCCGCGGAGGGCAAGAAAUUUGAGGUCCUCAAAGAGUCUCUCCGAGGGGAUGUUGUAUCGCAGUCCUCGCGUUCGAAGAAAUUCGACACACACGUUAGACAAGCAACGCGUGAAGAGUCGGAUCCCUUCCGCGCUUGACUCGCUCACAAGGACGUCCGCCAUUUCGACUGUUGAGAGAGAACAGCCUUUCGUCUGUUUUGCAAGGAUGCGGAAGAGACUCGACUGAGGAGAAGGCAAGCGCUCCCGAACUCAGGACGUACCGGGUCUGGAGGCGCAUGCAGCGGCGUCGCGCUCAUUUCCCGUCAUGUUGAUUGUCGAAAGCUUUUGUCAACGAGGUGAAAUAGUCACCCCAGCGAAGGCAGAGAAGCCGCAUACGAGCAGAAGAGGAAUAUAUAGGGAACGGCGGAAGAGAAAAAAAAGUGAAGAGAGGCAGGCCGGCAACACCGAGACACGGAGAGAAGAGAAGACACUUCAAGGAAAAUGACCAAGCGGGCCUUCUCUCGACUCUCGUCUCUGUUUUCACUCCAGUCCGGGGCUCCUCUGUCUCGUCUAUCUCCUCCUGUAGAAAAGCGUUAGUCAUUUUCGUCUGCGUUUUUCCUCUCCGCAAAACGCCUCUGCUGCCCUUUUGCAAACGCGCCUGCUUUGUCGUGAACUGCAUGAGACCCUUUGCUGAUGGCUGACCAAGCGGCCUCCUACACUGCGUUCGCUCCGCCUUUCCGGCGCGUCAACCACGUCGAAGAGCCUUUUGCCCCACCCACAGAAAUGCCGAGGGUCUGCUUGUCCUGCUCGUAUCCACGUUUUCGAGCGCCAGCACAGAGACGCAACAAAGAUACAGGGGAAACGACACCCGAGAGAAUCGCACGCAAGAGACGGUAGACAAAUGAGUAGUCAGAUGAACGGAGAGGGGUCAGCGAAAAAAAGG